UUUUUUGAGUUAAUUUACAGUACCUUUGUUUUCUGCUUAGUCUUGUUUUAGAUCGUUCAUGGAGGAAUUCUCUCCCCCUCUUUCUAUUUUUUCCAUUCAUUCUCUCUCUACUUCUCUCUCAUGAGUUCUAUGGUUAUUUGUCUACUGAUAACUUGAGAAAUUGUUCCUCUGUUCGAUGUCGUGUACAUUAGCAAACAAAUGAUUUGAUUCCAUAAGGAAUACGUAUUUGGUGUUCUAUCGUCAAAUUUUUAUGGGGACCACUAGCACCUCUCAAAAGGAUUACGAUGCAUUCCAAGAGAAAGUGAAGAGGACGGUUUUUGUUGAUAAUCUUUCAUCGGAUAUUACUAUUUCGGUCCUAACAAAGGCUCUCGGGCAAUUUGGGAAAGUGAUCAAUGCUGAUUUUUUACCAAAUUACACAGAGUCAAAGUUGAAGGAUGAUACCCAAUGUGCAUUGGUGGAGAUGGAGAACGAAAAGCAAGCAAAGAGCAUAGUUACUGAAUUGAGCUCAUUCUAUUUCAUGAUAGGGGGGAUGCCGAGGCCUGUGAGAGCAAGGCUAGCGAAGGCUGAGAUGUUCAGUGAGAGGCCAUGUCCUCCAAAACGAAAGAUCCUGAUACGAUGGGUCCCACCUUCAGAACCUGAUUUCAUGGUGGCAGAGAAGCUAAAGCAUCUUACAAAAAGACAUGCAGCUGAGGCUUCAUUGUUACUCAAGUAUCAAUCGGAUGAAGAAACGAAGCUUGCAGAGCACCAAGCUGAGACGUUGAAAAUGAGUUCUAAGAAAUAUGAUAUGAUAGAUGGCAUAAUCUUGGAUGGUACUUUGAGUCGAUUGGGUCGACAUUACAAUAUGAAGACUGUUGAUGGCUGAGGAUGUCUGGCAAUAAAUUUUUUUAUGCUUGAGAAUACUUAUUAAUUUAUGUGAUCCUCACUUAUGUAGGACUCCUGUAAAUGUGUUUCAAUUGAAUAGUUUUAAUUGAAUGGAUCAUUUUUUAUUUAAUAGAUCAUACUCUAAUAGAUGCGACACCAUGAAUCAAUAUGAAGACUUAAGUUUUCUAAUC